UGACAAGGAAACAAUCUUUUGGCGAAUACUAAAAAAACUUCAUAAAUCUUAUUUAUAUUCCAGCAAUUUUUCUUUCAUUAUACAUUCAUAGUUAGCUUUUUCUUCUUCGUUUUUUAUUUAAUCAUUAUUUAAUCAAGAAUAAAAAGAUAUCCUUCAGUUAAAUACACUACUUAAUCAAGAAUUAAAAGAAAUCAUUCAGAUGAGAAUAAAUGGCUCAGUCUUAUAUCAGAUACUUUUUCAUCUAAGCCAUAUUAAAAUAUAAAUAUGUGUUUGUAAAUAUAUUUUUUGUUGAAGUUUAAAAUGAUUUUUUUGUUAUGACAGAGACAUUGUUUAUAAAUGAGUGUAUGAUCAUUUCUCAAUUUGAUUCAUGAUCACUAAGAAUCUUUAAAAAUAUAAGUCAAAUUUGAUUUUGUUUUGAAAAUCUCUACAGCUUAUUUUUAUUUUCAAAAGCUGGCGUAUUUUAGCAAAAUAGUAUUCUGACGUGAAUAAAGAUUUUGGUUUAAAAUGAAUAUUGCAGCUCCAUAGUUUAUUUUUCAUCCUCAAUGUUAGGAUAUUUAAACAAAAACUUAUUCUAACUUUAAUAGGCAUUUUAUUAGUUAUACAGCUCAGAUUUCGGAUCACAGCGUCAAAGUUUGUUUUUCAUUUUUAACGUUCGGAUUGUUCAACUAAUUUUAUCGGAAAUUUGAUAAUCGUAUAGUGUUUUUGUGUUCAAAUUCCAAUUUAUAGUUCUCUAGUUCGUCUGUUCAUCUCGAAAAUAAAGAUUUGCAAGUGAAAAGCUGUGCUAAGAUUACUAAUAAUCUAUUUAUAGUGCUCAAGACAGUAUUUUGAAACAAAUUUUACAUCGAGUACAGAAUUGUUUAUUUUCUGUUAUUGUAGAUGAAACAACAGAUACAUCAACAGCUGAACAAUUGAGUCUUUCAUUACGAUAUUAUGACCAAAAACUAAAUGAUAUACGUGAAGAUUUUUUAACAUUUAUAGAGACUGUUUCAUGUACAGGUGAAACAACAUUGAAUAUUAUUCUUGAUUAUUUAACAACGCACAAUUUACUAUUUUAUAAUUGUGUUGGUCAUGCAUACGAUGGUGGUUCAAAUAUGGCUGGUAUUUAUGAAGAAUUAUAUAUUCCAAUUGUUAAUACAUUAGAUAAAUUCAGAUAUGGAACAUUAAAAGAUUCAUUAGCUGAACAAUUGUAUCAUGUUAUUACAAAUUUUCAACAUAUAAUUUCAACUUGCAUUUCAUGUUUUUUAUUAUCAGAUAUCGUUCCCGUUAGUCGUAUGUUACAAACAGAAACAUUGGAUUUUUAG